AAACAACGGUUCUUGUCCAAAUUCGAUAGUUUCGUUUUGAGCAAAUUCAUUUGUUCUUCCAAAAUAAUUAGCGAUGGAGAAAGCGGUGGAGAGACAGAGGGUACUGCUUCACCAUCUUCAACCUUCUUCCUCCUCUCACUCACACACUCUCUCCGCCUCAGCUUGCUUGGCGGGAGACAGUGCUGCAUAUCAGAGGACAUCUCAGUAUGGAGAUGACGUUGUCAUUGUCGCGUUAAAUUCGUGUGAUAAUAAAACUGACAGUGCACAAAGGACUGCACUUUGCAAGGCAAAACGUGGAAGCUUCAAGGAUACAUAUCCAGACGAGUUGCUUGCAGCUGUUUUGAAAGUAUAUCUCGACGUUUUCCUCGAUUAUGAAACUGUUCCCAUCAGAACCGUGAACAGACAGUGUGCCUCCGGACUUCAGGCUGUUGCUGACGUUGCUGCUGCCAUAAAAGCAGGAUUCUAUGACAUUGGUAUUGGGGCAGGGCUUGAGUCCAUGACAACCAGUCCAAGGGGAUGGAAAGGAUCAGUCAACCCAAAGGUGAAGACGUUUGAACAAGCACAAAGUUGCCUUCUUCCGAUGGGAAUUACUUCGGAAAAUGUAGCAAACCGGUUUGGUGUCUCAAGGGAGGAGCAGGAUCAAGCUGCUGUUGAUUCGCACAGGAAGGCCACUUCUGCUACUGCUUCCGGUAAAUUUAAGGAUGAAAUAAUCCCCGUGAACACCAAGUUUGUUGACCCGAAGACAGGUGAUGAGAAACCCAUAACAGUUUCUGUGGAUGAUGGGAUUCGACCUACCACAAACCUAUCCGGCCUUGCGCAGCUGAAGCCCGUGUUUAAGAAAGAUGGAACCACAACUGCUGGGAAUUCUAGCCAAGUAAGUGAUGGUGCAGGAGCAGUUCUCCUGAUGAAGAGGAGUGUCGCAAUGCAGAAAGGCCUUGCCAUUCUUGGUGUAUUCAGGACAUUUGCUGCAGUUGGUGUGGACCCUGCGAUAAUGGGCGUUGGGCCAGCUGCUGCGAUCCCUGCUGCGGUCAAGGCGGCUGGUUUGGAACUCGAUGACGUCGACUUGUUUGAGAUUAACGAGGCAUUUGCAUCUCAGUUUGUUUAUUGUCGGAAUAAGCUGGGGCUAGACCCGGAGAAGAUCAAUGUCAAUGGAGGGGCCAUAGCCAUUGGACAUCCCUUGGGCGCUACAGGCGCAAGAUGCGUUGCAACACUGCUGCACGAGAUGAAACGUCGUGGUAAAGACUGCCGUUUUGGAGUAGUGUCAAUGUGCAUAGGGUCUGGAAUGGGAGCAGCCGGGGUGUUUGAGAGAGGAGACGGUGUGGAUGAGCUCCGCAACUUCCGGAAAGUGGAAGAACAAUAAUGCAUUUGAAGAAGGAACCUCGCCAGAGACUUCUUACAAACUAUACAAGUCACUAGCUACUACAAAUAAACAUUAUAACAGAUACUGUAGUCGCGUUUUUAAUAUUUAAAAUAAAUGAAAUUGGUUUGUUUGGUCACAUAAUCCUAAU